AUGGAUUCAAGUACCCAUCAAAGCUAUCAAAACCAAAACAACCAAUCCAAUCCUGGGCUAUUGCGUUUUCGUUCUGCUCCAAGCUCUCUUCUCGCUAAUUCCAUCGAUACAGUUGAUUGCGGAGUCAGCAAAGGCGGUUUCGAUAUAUCCAGAUUCAUGAAUUCAAGCGGCGGCGGCGGCGGAAACGGUGAAAUCGAGGAUAAAUCUGGUUCUGAGGCGGCUGUUAGCUAUGCAAGUUCGACGCCGAGUUUUUCAGGGUUGCCGCCUCAGUACCCGAGGCAGAGCUCUGCUAUGGAUAGCUCAUACGACUUAGUGGGUAUGGAUCAGCAGAGUCGAGGGAAGCCGGUUACUUCUGGCCUAGUGAGGCAAAGUAGCUCGCCGCCAGGGCUUUUUACCAACUUAUCUGUUCAAAAUGGCUAUGGCAGCAUGAAAGGUUUGGGAAACUACAGUGGGGUGAAUGGUACGACUGGGGAAUUAAGUCCAUCUUCCAACAGAAUGAAGAAUCAUAUUAGCUUCACAGCAAGACAACCUUCUUCACUGAGCAGGUUGUCGCAGAUAUCCGAAACCGGUGAUGACAGCAUCGGGGCUAAUAGCUUCGACCACGGUUCUUGGAACAAUCCUACCGCACAACUAACGCAGAAUUUCUCCGGCUUGAAAAGGUCACGAGGAAACGACCACGAGUUCUUUUCCAAUAACCAGAAUGGAUACGGUGGAGGUGGUGUUCAUGUAUUAUCGCACCAUUUGAGUCUACCAAAGACUUCAAAUGAGAUGGCUGCGGUGGGGAAGUAUCUACAUUUUCAAGAUUCAGUCCCUUGUAAGAUUAGAGCGAAGCGUGGUUGUGCUACUCAUCCUCGAAGCAUUGCAGAAAGGGUGAGAAGAACCCGUAUCAGUGAACGGAUGAGAAAGCUUCAAGAGCUUGUCCCAAACAUGGACACGCAAACAAACACAGCAGACAUGUUAGAUUUGGCUGUGGAGUACAUUAAGCAGCUUCAAAAACAGUUCAAGACUCUGAGUGACAAUCGCGCCAACUGCAAGUGCUUAAAUGUUAAGAAGGCAGUGCCUAACCGAGUUCUAUGAUUUUGCUUCGUUUCUCUACGAAUCAAUGAAGAAAGCAUGAGAAGGAAGAAUUGUUGCUCUUUUUUUUUUCUCUGUAAAAAGUUGGGCCACGUUUUCUUUACAAAGUUUCCCACUUCGAAGGUUAUGAAAUAAAGAGCAAAAUUGUAUAGGUCGCGACAUGUUUUUGAAUCGCAAUUUCACACUUUUUUCAAUAAGAAAAGGUGGCAGUGCGUUUG